UUUCAGUGAUGGAUGAUUUCUCCGACUCUUUCAGGUUUGAGGAAGGUGUGGAGAGGAUCGAAGCAUCAUCCGGAAUGUCAUGUUUAUCUUUGAGGACCACCAUCCUUUCCUUGUCCACACUAAAGAAACAAAAUGAUUGCUUUGUGGUACCCUCUUUAAUUGGGAAGUUUGGUUGAGGCCACCAAUCAUCAGAUACGAGCAGUGGAAGUGCAAGCAAGAAAAGCGCUUCUUGUCCAGACUUGGGUACGAUUUCUUCUCUAUGUCGAGUUAAACUCCUUCUUCUGCAACCCGAAAAAGCAGAGAAUUUGAGUCACCAAAAUAAUAUCCAUCUCUCAAAGGACGAUGGAUUGGGUCAUUUUCCGGACUCGAUAAACAGUGCCGUAGAUAAUGCACAUUGAGAACGCUCAGCUGCACCACACAUGCCUUCUUCGUGUGACUUGUGACGUUCCAACCACCGGAAGCAGCACUCGCGAAGUUAAGGGUGCUUUAAACAUGGCUAUGAAUCGUGCGAGGGUAGAUAUAAGAAAAGCUUUGUUCUUGAUCAUAGUCAUUGUGUUGGUGGCCCGUCAACUGCAUCUAUAUAGGGAGCCGCUUGGUAUCCGCUUCUCCCCCAGCUUGGGAUCUCAAAACUUUCGAGAGAUGGCAGAGAUCGCCACGGUAAUUAUCAAGGUUGACUUGCACUGCCGCACCUGCUCCAAGAAGAUCAAGAAAGCACUGUGCAAGCUCCAAAACCGGUUCAACAUCCAAUCAAUCGUCUACGACGAGAAGAACAACACCGUCACAGUAUCCGGCCCCUUCAACCCUGAGUGCUUCAUCAAGAAGCUUCGCUGCCUCGCCUGCAAGGUGAUCAAAGACGUCCAGAUCAAGCCGAAACCCCCACCUCCUCCUCCUCCCAAGGCCCAACCACCAAAGCCCGAACCGCCGCCGCCGCCAAAGCCCGAAAAACCGCCGCCGCCGCCGCCUGAGGUGGUGGUGAAGCUACCCGUGUGUGUUUUCCCGCCCCCGGGGUGGCCCGUCUGCUGCUACCAACCGUGCCCCUGCUUCGAGCCAAGAAACGGAUGCCGCCGCUGCUGCACCUGCGGCUGGAUCUGCGACGUCCCGUCGCUGCCACAACCGAGGCCCAAGCCAGUCCCGUUGCCGGAGGCCGGGGUGAGGCCGCCCGUGUGUUUUUUCCCGCCCCUGGGGUGGCCCAACUGCUGCCGCCAACCGUGCCCCUGCUUCGAGCCACUCAACGGGUGCCGCCGCUGCUGCUCCUGCGGCUGGGUCUGCAACGGCGCCCCGCCGUCCGCCGCCUGCCGUCCCGGUUGCGAGGUUGACGGCUGCAAGAUCAUCGUCGAGCAGGAGCCUUGUCAGUCCUGCUCUAUUAUGUAAUUUACUAUACGUACCGUUAUUCUCGUUGCAUGAUGUUAUUGCGUAACAGUGAUAGUUAACGGAUAAGAACGUGGACUGAGGUAAACGUCACGUGACUUCCUCUGUCAGUAAUGUACGUAAUAUAAUAUGUGAUGAUAUAUUUUAUGCUGUUA